AUGAUGGCCGGUCCUAUCCACACCUACGGCCCGACAUGUCUUCUCUCCGAUGACGAUCCCGACCUUGCGGCCUGGUACUCCUUGGCUACGCCACCCACAGUCCGUCCACAAUUCUUUUAUACGUCCUCGCUACCGAUCGAUGACCCCUUGAGUUCCUUGCCUCCUCCAUCUGGCGGUCAUGGCCCCGACAGCGACAGAGCUCCGCCUCAGCCAUUUUCAGCUCGGGAUAAUAUCGCCCUGGAGGAGUCCUGGCAGUCACUGCAGAGGGACAGAAAAGCGAAGCUUGCGGAGAAGAAAAAAUCCGGAGAAGGCCAUCUGAAUAAACAUUCGGGAAUAUCGGUGCCUGGGCGGGAAGCGGUUGUUGAAAGGGAACGGAAAAGGCAAGGAGGAAGUCGGGAAGAUACAAGUGCGUUCGGAAGUCAAAGAAGCUUGUCAAGCACCCCUGCAUCCUAUUUGGAUGAUCGGGAAUUGCAGAACCCCAAGGUUCGACAAAAUGGCGAAACCGGUAGCGCAGAGAGCCGUGCCAGAGGGUCGUGGGAACAAUCGCGCAUUCGCUCCACACGGGAUGGUGAGAUAGAGGAGGGCAAUCGAAGUGGCAGCCCUGGCUUUCGGAAGAGGGAAGGCCGUAACCCCAAACAAGGCGACCUUGACGAAGCGGAACAUUGGAGUCCACGGGGCAAUCGAUCUCGGGAUGUAAGCAUCAGCGGCUCGCCAUUCAUCAGAGCUCCCUUAGGACCAACAUCAAGUCCACUUGGCCGUUCACUCGAGUUGAACGCGCCCAAAGAUGGAAGGCAGGAGAAUAUCGAGGCCAAUAGUCUUGGCUCGAAUCACGUAGCGUCAAAACCCUCAGGCCUGAGAUCAAGUGUUCAUCCGAAGGAAUCCCGACAAGGUUCACUGGCUGAAACAGAGGAGAGCGAGCCAGACCAAAAUGCCCAAGAAAAGGUUCCUGUUGGUGUUUCUCGACUUCAUCUUGUCGAACUGCCAAAUUUGAAGAUGAAACCGAUCUACUGGAGUCCUCUUCACGAUAUAUCAAAUGUUCUCCGCUCUACAUGGUUCUACCAAAACACUAUGCUUCCCGUGGAGACGGAGCUUGCCAACAAGCUAGAAGAUGGAUACGUUUACUUGAGAACAUGGACCGAUACGUGGCAAGAUGAGCUCAACAGCUGCGUGGAAAAUGGCGCGGAGGCCGAGCUGAAGAUCGUGCACAAGCUUUGGCAGAAGGAAGACCUAAAGCCUACGGGCAAACCUGCAACGCCACAAGACCCCAAAACAACCAGCUCAGGGCCAGAAGGACCCGAAGAAACCGUCGAAGUAGAACCUGACCUUUUGAAUCUUGACGAAAACCGAGCUUCCGGUGCGACAGCUGUACAUUCUGAGACCGUGAAGCCCUACAUGAAUUCCAGUGUCAUUUAUGUCGACGGAAAACACGCACAAAUUCUCCGGCCCAGCUUGCUCCCAUCAGCGUCAAGAGGUAGAAAGCCACUCGAUGCGAUUCGCAAAGGACGGCAGAUUGGCAUACCUGUGAUACGUGGUUUCAGCCGGCGAAUGUGGGAUAAACUCCAUCCAUCCAAACCGAACCCUGUAGACGUGAGCCACUAUCUUAGAAGUACUCGGACCCACAGCAUGUCUGCGCCAGCGGGUGAACAAAUAUGCUAUGCUUGCGCAAUGGAGGAAUCAAGGCCAAGCCCUACUGAUCUAAUACUUGUCAUACACGGCAUAGGCCAGAAAUUGUCCGAGCGAAUGGAGAGUUUCCAUUUCACGCAUGCAAUCAAUGUCUUGCGCAGGAAUAUCAACAUGGAGUCAUAUAGCGAACCGGUUUGGCCGCAUGUUGACCAGGAUCAUGGAGGCAUCAUGGCGCUUCCUGUGAACUGGCGGUCGACACUUUCCCUAGAGGAAGCGCAUCUCGAGGCUCAAGCUGCUGGAGACCCUACUACCAACCACUACUCCCUUGAUGAUAUUACUCCAGAGACUAUACCCGCAGUCAGGUCUAUAAUUAGCGAUGUCAUGCUUGAUAUCCCGUACUAUUUGUCACAUCACAAGCCCAAGAUGAUCCAAGCGGUUGUAAAGGAAGCGAAUCGCAUUUUCCGACUAUGGUGUAAAAAUAACCCGGGGUUCCAGCAACAUGGACGUGUGCAUUUAAUUGCUCACUCUCUUGGAAGCGCAAUGGCUGUUGACAUCCUCAGCCACCAGCCGACUAAGAUACCCGAUUUUGAUUUCUCGACAACAAGCAUUCACAAGGACAUCUUCGAGUUCGACACCAAAAACCUGUUCAUCUGUGGAAGUCCAGUGGGGUUCUUUUUGCUCCUAAACAAAGCAAACCUUCUUCCCCGAAGAGGAAGAGACAAGCCUGGCUGCGAAGGUGAUGAUAGACUUCGCGGGGUUGCAGGGGAGGUUGAUAAGUAUGGAUGUCUGGCUGUGGAUAAUCUCUACAACAUCAUGCACACGACUGACCCAAUCGCAUUUCGUGUCAAUGCUGCAGUCGACUGCGACCUUGCCGAAUCUCUCAAGGCAGCCUCUAUACCAAGCUCAGCAUCUUUCUGGAAGUCAUUUGGCAGCGUUUUCCGCUGGGGCUCCGCUCCCACAUUUACCUCCGCUACAUCCUCAGCACCCGUACGGCCUGCAGCUGUUUCCAAACUUCCCUCCAACGUUGAACUCGAGACGCACGAUUUCACCCGAGAAGAAAUCGCAGAGAAGCGUAUGCUCUUACUCAACGACAACGGCCAAAUCGAUUACUUCCUGUCUGGAGGUGGCGGGCCUCUGAACAUCCAGUACCUCAACAUGUUGAGUGCACAUAGCAGCUACUGGACACUACCAGAUUUUGUCCGUUUCAUCGUCAUUGAGAUAGCUCGAAAGCAAGGCAGAGAGGGCACGCUGCUGGCGCUUCGAGCCGAGAAGAAGAAAAACUGGAAAGUCACUAAAGGGUGA